AUGACAAAGGAAAUUUCUUCCCAAAGAGAACUGAGCUGGACACGCAGCAUGCACAACGGCACCGUCGAAGCUCUGCCAGCAACGGGAAUGUGCAACAGGACCGUGUCCUCACAGCCUUCCAACCCACCGUUCUCGCUGGGAGUGUUGGUGCUCCUGGCUGUCCUCAUGGUGCUGCUCGCCCUGGUCACCAUCCUUGGGAACGCCUUGGUGAUCCUGGCUUUCAUACUGGACAGAAACCUCCGGCAUCGGAGUAACUACUUCUUUCUCAAUCUUGCGAUUUCUGACUUUGCAGUGGGUGCUUUUUGUAUACCUUUGUACAUCCCUUAUGGCCUGACGGGGAAGUGGCAUUUGGGAAGAAGCCUGUGCAAGCUCUGGCUGGUUAUGGACUACCUUUUGUGUACAGCUUCAGUGUUUAAUAUUGUCCUCAUCAGCUAUGACCGUUUCCUGUCAGUUACAAAAGCUGUGUCCUACCGAGUGCAGCAGGGAGCGGCCUCCAGCCCCGUGGUGAAGAUGGCAGCCAUCUGGGUCCUGGCCUUCCUGCUCUACUGCCCGGCCGUCCUCUUCUGGGAGCACGUGGCCGGCUGCAGCGUGGUGGCGGAGGACGAGUGCUACGCCGAGUUCUUCAGCAACUGGUACUUUCUCCUGUGCGCCUCCACCGUGGAGUUCUUUGUGCCGCUCGUCUCCGUCACCUACUUCAACGUGCACAUCUUCCGGGACAUCCAGAAGCGCCAGAGACGCGGCAGCGUGUCGGACGGCGAGCCGGCCAAGAGCGGCGGGCUGUCCUGGAGAGCUUGCCUCUUGCCAAGGCAGGGCUUGUCUUCUUCAGAAACAGAGGACAGUGUUUCGUCAUUAAAUAGGCCAUGGAAACUUGCAGGUUCUUCUCCGACACGAACCAACUCCAUAACUCUCAAAAACGAUGUCUCUGCUUCUUUCCGUGCAAAAUCCAGAUCAAAACUGCAACGAGACAAGAAAAUUGCGAAGUCUCUUGCCAUAAUUGUGUGCAUCUUUGCCAUUUGUUGGGCCCCUUACACGUUACUAAUGAUAAUUCGUGGGGCCUGCCAAGGAACCUGUGUCCACAACUCCUUGUAUGAAAUAACCUUUUGGCUUUUGUGGCUCAAUUCAUCUUUGAAUCCAUUUCUCUAUCCUCUCUGCCAUAUGAGGUUUCGAAUGGCUUUUGUUAAAAUAUUAUGUCCACAGAAGUUUGCAACAUUAAGAUCAGGUAACACACCUUCUUCUUAG